UACGUUCUAACUGAUAUUCCAACUAGCACAAUACUAUCCUCGGUUUUACUUGACCCCAUAUUUUGUGCACUCUCGACUUAGUUCGAUACUCUUCUGCCUAGUUGCCUAGGCCCCCGGGUUCCAUAACCCAACAUUGGUGCUCUCGUUGAGAGUGUCGAACACAUCAAGCGUGCUCCAAAGAAAAUGGUUGCGUCAAGGAGAGUGACCAGGUCGUCUACCGCCAAUCUCGGUGAUGGUCUCAGGAUGACUAUAACGGCGCCGACCGGCGCAGGUCCCGAUGAGCUGGACACCAGCCUCAAUGAUGUCGCCAGCCAAAACACCACUGACCUGCGCCACCGCAUUCCCAGACGGCGAACGGCGAAGGUCGCGGGGUCUAAGGCACCGAUACAGCAGGUGCCCACCCAGGGCGCCGGUGUUUUAACUCAGCCUCCUCCCAACGGGCUGGUCCGUGGGGGAGGCAUGGUGUUGCCCGGUGAUUUCAACUCACCGUUCUUCCAGUUCGGGGAGACCUCCGGUGCGAGGACCCCAGGUCCAGACCCUAGCGAUUUUUGGGCCAUGAUGAGGGCGAUGCUGUUCAAUCAACCCAUGACCGGUUUCCACAUGCCGGUCACGAUGCCGCAGCCAACGUUCCGGCCUGACGAACGUCGUGAGGUCCAGCAGAAUGCGGUAGAAAGUGCAAAGCUUUUCGCCCAACACCUGAAGAGUCUAAUGGCGGACCCUCACCUGAAUCCUUUGGCUGGGGGACCCGAGAACAAGGAGCCGAGCCGAUCCCAGCAGCGGGACAACGGCAAGGGCCCGGAGCGCAGGCCCAACAAGAAGCAAACCAGCCGUCGAGACAAGGAGACGGCGAGCAAACGCCGUGAACCCCUAAAAGAAGGGCAAGGCGAGAGUGAGUCGCACGUAUCUGUGUUCAGCCGGAUGCGAGUGCCGGCCACGGAGCGGCUGCAUGGCCGACGGAACACUUUCCUGCAGAACGAAGCGGGGAAGAUCAGAAUGCCCUGCGAAGAACAGUGUGACCGACACAGAGAGGUCCACCCGGAAAGGCAAAAUCCCCGGGCCGAGCAACCUAUCCAACAUCCGAUUCUAAGAGCGCCGCAAGGGACGCCCAUUGUGAUGGAUGGGGGCAUGAGCAGACCGGGGGACGAACGCAUCGAUCUCCUCUUGCAGAGGCUGGACGCCCUAGAGAGGAGGAACGGGACAGGACAAAUGGCCGAACCCAUGUUCAGACUCCGUUCUCCUUUCUCGGAGAGAAUCCUAAGAGCACCACUGCCGAGCAGCUUUCAGAUGCCGCCCAUACCUAGGUAUGACGGGACCACAGACCCGCAGGAGCAUUUCAACCGAUACCAAACCCUCAUGAACGUGGUGACGUUCUCCGAGGAAGUCCUUUGUAGGUCAUUUCCCGCCACUCUCGACGGGCUGGCGUCUGAGUGGUUCAACGAAUUGCCUGAAGGGAAGAUCGAUUCAUGGGAGGAUUUGGCACGGAGGUUCCUGGUUCAUUUUGCCAGGAACAGGAAAAAGAAUUUACAUUUUUCACAUCUCCUGUCGGUCAGGCAAGACGAGCCACUGAGGGAAUUCCUGGCAAGGUGGAAGCUGGAAACCACCAGAGUUUACGGAGCGGAUGACAAAACCAGGUUAUCUACUUUUCAUUUGGUCUUACGGUCAGGUGACUUCUCCAAGCGCGUAGCCCUGGAAAAGCCGAGGGAGUAUUCCAUCGCGCUGGCCAUGGCAGAGGAUGAAGCUGAAGCAGAGGAGCUGGAGGCAAACAAGAAAAGGGAAGAGGCAGGAAGACUUGGUUCCAUCGCGACUGCGGUGAAGCCCACGCCAAGGAAGGUCACCAUCGAUGAGCGACCACAUUUGCCAGUCGGGCACCGCUUCCGAAAGGGCAGAGACCCUCGCGACCGAAGGUCGCACGGAAAGGAUAUAUAUGAAGGAGACAAGGACAGGAGACCCUAUCCCCCCAGAGGUCCCAAGUUGUUGUUUCCCGAUGAGCUUACGCCGCUUACACAUCCCGUAAGCGCCAUCCUGGAUUUCGCCGAGCAUCAGGGCUUGGUGGAGUAUGACCCGCGAUUCCCUCCGAUUUGCACCGUCGGUGAGGGUCCUUACUGCAGGUUUCACAAAGCAGCUGGCCAUGACACGGACGCGUGUAAGGUCCUCAAGAGGGAGAUCGAGAACCUGAUCCAGGCAGGAUAUUUGCGGCAGUUCGUCAAAAGGAAGAACACGUGGCGCAAGGACGACGGAAAGAAGAGCGAAGACAACCGAGGGAAGAAACCAGCGGGAACUCAGCAGAUGAAGAGGAAGGAGAUAGGUCUCCCGAGCAACGAGGAAGAAGAAGACAGCCCUAGACAGAAGAGGGUUGAGGAGAGCAGAAUGAUAUACGGUGGCAACACCGGGGGAGACAGUGCCGAGCAAAGGAAGAAGUGGGUACACUCGGCCUAUGUCGGGGAUGUUCACAGCGCACCUAGACCGUCGAAAAUCAAAAAGACAGAACCCCUCCUAUUCGGUCCCAAGGACCUACCUGAGAUCCCAUCGCCCCACAGAGAAGCCUUGGUCGUCAGGUGCGAGAUCAACGAGGUAAUAAUCCACCGAUCUUACGUUGAUAAUGGGAGCUCGGUCAACAUCAUGUAUGUAAGAACAUUUGAGGAGCUGGGAUUGAAGAAGGAACUCUUGAAGAGAGUAAGGACCCCCUUGUCCGGAUUCACAGGAGACAUCAUCGAUUUAGAGGGCCUGAUCGAAGUGAUGGUUACCUUCGGCGAUGGGGAACACAAGAAGACCAUCCCGGUCGAAUUCAUGGUAGUGCGGCUCCUGGGAUCCCACAAUCUGAUCUUGGGUCGGCCUGCACUGGAGGAUCUCGAUUCCGUAACAUCGGUGAAGUAUCUAAACAUGAAAUUCCCUACCGAUUCAGGGGUAGGAGUGUGCAGAGGAAACCAAAAGCUUGCCCGACUCUGCUACCAGAAGCAGACAAAGAAGAUGGACGCCCAAGAUCUCAGGGUGGACAGUAUUGCCACGGCACUUUUGAAGGAAGAAGAAGGCCGUCCUCGGGUUGAGCCAGCCGAGGAUACGGAAGAUGUGGUGAUAAUGGAGGAGCACCAGGAGAAAAAGAUCAAGCUCGGUAUUAACAUUAGUGCCGAGCUUCGGUCGAAGAUCAUACAAGUACUCAGGGAGAACUUCGUGGUGUUUGCAUGGAGUGUCGAGGAUAUGCCGGGAGUUAGCAAAUCCCUGAUCACCCACCGCCUCGCGGUCGGAUCGGACGCAGAGCCCAUAAAGCAGAGAAGGCGACACUUGAGCAAAGACCGGAGGGAUUUCGUAAAGAAGGAAGUGGACAUGCUCCAAGCAGCAGGGCAUUAUCAGAUAGAGGUGAAGCUGAGGGAAGCAAUCAAAGCCCAGGCCCUGGCCGAUUUCAUGGUGGAAUGCACGGCGUGGGACAACAACCCCGUACCGGUGGCGGAGCAGGGAGAGUGGUGGACUUUGUCUACUGAUGGAUCGUCAGCCGCAAAGGCUUGCGGCGGGGGCGUGGAUCAGGUGCGAUUCGCGCCUCAAAUCAAGGGGGAGUUCGAUACCAAGGAGGAACGGAUGCGUCUGUACAAGGAGGCGGCCCUGGAACUGCUCAAAAUCCUUAAAGGAUACGAGCUCGUGCAGAUCCCGAGGGCGGAAAACACCGAGGCCGACGUCCUCUCAAAACUGAGCAACGACAGUCCCGCGCAUAUCUCCAAGAUGGCUCACAUUGAAGACUUGGGGUCUCCAAGCAUUCACGUUCAGUUCGUCUCUGUUGUCACCAAGGAGGCCAGCGGAUGCAUCGCGGAAUUGAUCCAAUAUAAGAAGGAUGGGAUCCUCCCGGGUGAUGAGACGGCGGCCCGUCUGAUCAAACGAAGGGCACCGACGUACGUCAUUGAGAAUGGCCGGCUAUACAAGAGAUCAUACAACAGCACAUUGCUGAGGUGCGUUGACGAAGCCAGAGCGGCGCAGAUCAUGGAAGAGGUCCACGAAGGAAUAUGCGCGGCACAUCAAGGUCCUUUCUCCAUGGCCAGACGCAUUGUCCUGCAGGGAUACUUCUGGCCGACCAUGGUGAAGGACUGCGCCAAACGCGCCAAGCGUUGCAAAGUAUGUCAAGUUUUCCAGAAUAUUCCGGGAAGACCAGGAACCAGCUAUCAUCCCAUCAGCUCGUCGAUUCCCUUUGCUCAUUGGGGGAUAGAAUUGAUCGGACUGAUGCCGAGGGCACCCGAGAAGAACUAUGAAGCCAAGGAGAACGAGGAAACUAUGGCGGCCGAUCUCAACUUCGUCGAAGAACGCCGAGAGCAAGCUUUCCUCAAAGCAGAGAAUUACCGAAGGCAGGUCAAAGAGUACUACGACCGCAAAGUCAGAGCAAGGGAAUUCCGAGUAGGGGAUUUGGUACUCAAGAAAAGGGAGGCCAGUCAGCCCACAGAAGGGGGAAAGUUUGCCAAAAGCUACGAAGGACCAUACAAGGUCACAGCCGUGCUUCGGCCGGGUACCUACAAGCUCUCAACGCUUGAAGGUUGCGAACUCGGCAGGCAUUGGAACAUGCACAAUCUCAUUUCUUUUUACAUGUAAGGCACUGAGAACCGUAACCAGUCGGCCUCGGUAGCUAAAAAAAUCUAUUUAAUGAAAUGCUCGCUUCCACGCGAAUUCUAUUUUUGCUCUAAGCAAUUUAUAAACGCUGCUUUGCGAUAUCGGG